AUGGUUGCAAGACUGACCUCAGUGGUUGCAGAGCACAGGCGGUCAGUGCGUCCAUCUCGCAGGACCCAGGGAUCCCGAAACCCUCUGCGAGCUCUGGCAGCCAGAGAGGACAUCAGCCAGGACUACAUGGAGGAAAGACUGAACAUAGCUACUGAAGAAAGUAACACCAUGCAAGCAGAGAAGAAGAGUAAAAACUCCACCACAAAUGAGCCACAGCCAGCAACCAAUGAAGACUUCAUCCCUUUGUCAAAUGCGGUGACCAACAGGAACUACCCUCCCUUCAGCAGCCUCAUGCUCAUUCACAUCAAAGGAAAGCAGCAUGUUCAGGUGCGCUUGGUAGAGCCCAUGGCCCGGUCACUGAACAGCGGAGACUGCUUCCUGCUGGUCACUCCAGACCACUGCAUCCUGUGGAGCGGAGAGUUUGCCAAUGAUUUAGAGAAAGCCAAGACCUCUACACUGGCAUCAGUCAUCCAGAGCCAGAUGGACCUUGGCUGCCAGGCCCCCCAGGUCCUCCAUCUAGAGGAAGGUCUGAACUCUGACAGCAGCAUGGCUACAGAGUUCUGGAAGCUUCUCGGUGGAAAAACACAGUACAGAGGAGCAGGUCCACCAGAGGAAGAUGAGCUGUAUGAGCGUGGUGUGGUUGAAUCAAACUGUGUCUACAGGCUAGUGGAGAACAGACUGGUGCCCCAUGAACAUGCUUGGGCUUCAAUGCUGAGCAUCUCCCUGCUGAACUCAAAUGAGGCACUGGUGUUUGACUUUGGCAGUGAGGUAUACCUGUGGCAUGGAAAGGAAGUAUCCUUUGGCAAGAAGAGGGUAGCUCUACAGUUGGCUCACCAGGUGUGGGCUGGAGCGUAUGACUACAGCAACUGUAGCAUAAACCCACUUGACCCAAGUCACUGUAAUUCCAGCAUACAGCUGCAAGGAGAGGGUCGCCCAAGUUGGGCCCUUUUUGGCUGCCUAUCGGAGGACAGCGAGACAUCCCUCUUUAAAGGGAAGUUCCUGGACUGGACCGGCCUUAGUGGUGCUACAGAAAAAUCUGUCCCAUUGAAGGAGCAGACACAGUCAUCUAGGUCUGUGUUAACCCCACAGUCAGAGCGUUUGUGCCCAUGUGAUGCCAAGGCUCUUGUAUCAGGCCGGUUUUCAUUUGGAGAUGGCUUGGUCCUUGGCAGGGUCAUUGUCCAAAGGGGUCGCGGGAUUGUCACAUUGGACAAUGAACAUCAGAUGGAGCUGAAAAAAGUUGCUGUGGAUACUUGGCAUGUACAGCAGUUUGAUGACAGUAAGGUACCUGUGGAAAGCACUGGGCAGCUCCAUGAGGGCGACUCAUACGUCAUCCGUGGGACAUAUAGCCUCAGCCCUGUUGGUAAGAACAAGAGUCCAGAGGAUGAGGACGAAGGUCCUGACCAGGAGAUCACUGCUCUCUUUAUCUGGCAGGGCCGCCUGUCCACAGCCAGUGGGCAAGGCACAGCCACUUUCCUGUCCACUGGACUGGACAACCAGGAGGAGAAACAGGUGGUGGUACUUCAGGGGAAAGAACCUCCCUGUUUCUUGCAGCUUUUCCAGGGAGGCCUGGUCAUCCACAAAGGCAGACGAGAGGAGGCCUCAACCAAUGCAGCACAGUGGCGUCUGUUCUGUGUACGAGGGGUUCUCCCAGAAGAGGGCGCUUUGUUGGAGGUGGACUGUUGUUGUGCUGGUUUGCGCUCCAGGGGAUCUGUUAUCCUGCUCAAUGGUCAGCAGGGGGAGCUGUACCUGUGGCAUGGCUGCAAAGCACAUGCCAGCUCUAGAGAGAUCAGCAAGAAAGUAGUGGAACGUCUCACACACUCGUGCUCACCAGAGCUGGGCCUCAGUAGUAGUAACCCUGUGAUGAUGCAGGUGGUGGAGGAAGGCUCAGAACCUGCAGAGUUUUGGACUGCUCUCGGCCAGUUAGACAGAAAGGCCUAUGACUGUAUGCUACAAGACCCAGGAAAGUAUAACUUCACACCGCGGCUCUUCCACCUGAGGGCUCAUUCAGGGACCUUCCAGGGAGAGGAACUGCUGAGUCCCGCCCACUUACCAGGAGUAGUAAUGGCAAUGCCCUUUGUCCAGGAGAGCCUGUACUCUGUUCCACAGCCUUCCUUGUUUAUGCUGGAUAAUCGUCUGGAGGUGUACUUGUGGCAGAGGAGUCGGUGUGAGGAGACAGAAGUUGCCAGCUCAGCCUGCAGCCUGUGGGAUAAUGAGAGGAGGUGUGCCAUGCAGACUGUGCUACAGUACUGCAAAGCACUGAACUCAAGACGUCCACCCCAGGCCUAUCUCAUCUUGGAGGGAUCUGAACCUCUCACCUUCACUAAUGUUUUCCCUCACUGGGAGAGGUGCCCUCGGCCCAACUCACAGGGGCGGCCCAAGCUGACCUUGAUGCAGGAUGCCCUAGCCCAGUUAACUAAGACCCAAUACCCUAUAGAGGAGCUGCUUAAUGGUCCAUUGCCUGAAGGGGUGGACGCCAAACACCUGGAGACCUACCUAUCAGACCAAGACUUCCAGACUGUUUUGGCAAUGAAGAGACAUGAAUACAACUCUCUCCCGAGCUGGAAACAAGAAGAACUGAAAAAAAGCAAAGGACUGUUUUUCUGAGCAGCAAGAGGAAGUGAAGGCUGCAGUGGCAUACCCUGUACCAGAUAUACCCUUCUCUGCUGAGAAGAG